GGGGGAACUACACUUAAGGGAGGGUAGUGUGUGACGCCCAGCACAGGAACUGCUGCAAACUACUUGUCUGAGUGAAAGGGACUGAGACAUGUACCUACCUGGGCUUCUGCUGCUAAUGCUGCUGUUACCACCCCUGUCUCUCCAAGAUUCACACCAGUCAGAGAACAAGAUUGCCAUGGGGAGAAGGAUUCUUUCUGCCCUAGAGAAAGCUACCUCCUAUUUGGAGAAUAGAUACAGGGAAUUUGAUCUGGAUUCAUUGGUGGGAUUUUUGAUGCUAAAAGCACAACUAAAAGGUAUCCUGGAAAAAUGGACUCAUGACUCUGUCCUGAAAUUCCUGACUUUCAGAAUUGAGAAUAUAAUAAAAAGCUUGUCACUAAUCAUCCCCAGAACCAAAGCUUUCCUCAAAAUUGUUGACCUCGAGUACUUCAAAGAAUUCCAAGAGAUUUUGCAGCCAGAGUUUUGGAAACUCUCUCUUUCAUGGAGUCACACAAACUCCUCCAUGAUCUACUCCAAGUUUGACAACUCCAAUCGUGUUCCAGAAAAAUUAAGUGAUUCUUGCAUAACACUUUUACUAGGAUCCAAAGAGAAGAACAGACAACCAUGCAACGUCACUAAGUUCUGCAUGGAAAUCAUGACUGCUCCUAAACAAAGUGGUAAAGAACUGAUAAAACAGCUCUCCUAUUUCCAAAUAGCCAAAAUGAAAAAAUGCUCAGCUGGCCUGUUCCUUCGAUCAAAAUACUACAUGGAUGUCUUUUGUUCUAACCUGAUGGAACUGAACUUGAAAAUAGAAAAAAGUGGAUUCUUAUUCCAAAAUAAAAGUCUCUUCAUGACAAAUAUCAUGCUCUGUGGGUUUUCUGGGUAUUCAGACUUCUACAAGAUCCAAUGGAUUAAGGCUAUUCUCAACUGGCAAAAUUAUAAGGAAGGAUGCUACUGGAAGAUUUUUGUCCUUGGAAACCAACCAUUAAUGAGAGACAAUCACCUUGAAGGUGGGUGUUCUUCCCGGAAUACAGCAGCAGCAGUUGUUUCCUUGGGUGGCUUUCUUUACUACUUUAAGGAAAAUUCACCAACCAUCAAUAAAUCCAAUUAAUACCUUAUAACAACAAAUCAGCAGCUAAAA